CUCGGCCAUUUCCGUCUGUAGCCAGCCGGCGGUGUCAGUCAACAAUCGUGGAGACUUCAAAUCAGUCCGAACAUAUACAGCACACUACUGAAUAGGAGAAGUUGCUGCUGCUGUUUCUGAUGGUCAGCCAUGGAUGAAGAUGACAGCCAAGAUGAGCUGAUCAAUCGCAGUACAUCUCACAGCAGAGGAAAAAGAGCUGCCCUGUGGGCCAUAUCAGAUGACUCAGAUGACUCAGAAGAGGAGGGAGAAUCUGACAGUGAGGAGGAAGAACAGGAUGGCCACAUACAUGGAGAUGAUGAAGAGGACGAUGAAGGGAAUGAAGAGGAGGAUGAUGAAGAAGAGGAGGAAGAUGCUCAGCCAGAGGAUGGAGGUUUUGAGGGAAGCUCUGCAGACCUUGCAAUGAUAAGCUCAGAUGAGGAUGCAGACAAGUGCCCCAUCUGCCUUAACACUCUCAACAGUCAACCUGUUGCAACUCCAGAGAGUUGUGAGCACUACUUCUGUUUCGACUGCAUCCUUGAAUGGGCCAAGAAUGCAAACUCGUGUCCUGUUGACCGUAUUGCCUUUAACAGCAUAUACCUUAGGAAAUGUUAUGGAGGCAAAGUGAAGAAAAUGAUAACAGUGCAAAAGCCUGUGAAGGAAGGUCAAGAGGAAACAGUUGAUUUGGAUCUGGAGCAGACCAACUGUGAGGUUUGUGGGGGCAGUGACCGAGAGGACCGCCUGCUGCUCUGCGAUGGUUGUGAUGCAGGAUAUCACAUGGAAUGCCUCACGCCACCUCUUGACUCUGUUCCUGUAGAGGAAUGGUUCUGUCCUGAGUGUGAAGCCAACAACCGUAACUCAAGAGGUUCAGCUGAGGAACUCAGUGAUGCCGACAGCCUACCUUCUACUGCGCGUCCUGCCACCAGUCGAUUGCGAGCCCAUGUUGCUGGUCCCACCAGAGCCAUUGCCCGUACCCAGCAGAGUGAGAGGGUUCGAGCCAAUGUCAACCGACAUCGGAUCACACAGGCACGCACGUCACAGCUGGCCCCCACAUAUCUGAUGCAGUCCACUUGGCUGGAUGAAACAAUUAAUGCUGUGGUUGCUGGGCUCAACACUAAUGUCUAUAUACGGGAUUUAACACCUCGUGUACCAUCUAGCCGUAAACGCAAGACUAGAAAGCGGAGAAAGGCGAAAAGUAGGAAGACAUCUUCUGCUAAAAAUGGUAAAGUGCCUAGCACAGGAGCCAAGAGGAGGAGACGGAAAAUAAGGAGGAAUAAAGCCAGGCAAAAGAUGAUGGCGAAGAACGUUGCCACUCCACGAAGCCGUAUUGCUAAUAGUCUUGGAAUCGUAAAAGACAAGAAGAGCUCUUCACUUCCGACAGUUUAUAGGCCAUCAGAGCACACACUAAGCAGCAUGCGUGCUGACAUAGGAGCUGCAUCCCUCUCUAUCUACGGAGAUGCAUUUGAUUUGGAUCCAUUUGUGGAUUGUGAGGAUGAUGAACAGCAGGCUCACGUUUCAUCACUACUGGAGGCCAAGAGACGAGGGAUCUCUUGCUCGGCACUUCGCUCUCAUCAGCCUGUGGCUCGACCAGUCACUGCAAGCCUUUCCAGGAGGGGUAUGGAUGUCCACCAGUCAGGAGGUGUCGUGGAGGCAGCUCCUGUGCCUGAUCUGCUGGGCAGCAUCCUGUCAGGACAGAGCAUGCUCUUGAUGGACAGUUCUGAUGUUGUCAUUAAUCGAGAUGGUUCGCUUAAAGCUACAAAGCCAAUGAUGCCAUCUGUAUUAAUGCCAGGCAGUAGCAAAAACAGUAGCUCGGGAGAUGCCAACAACCCAGAGAUUCUAGCCAAUCUAGGAGACAGUUCUCCGUCUCAACCAGGACCCUCCUGUACCUCUGUGAGCACACCAUUGUCCCAGAGCUCAUCUCGGUUACCUUCCCUCGCAACUUCGUCAAUUAGUCACACACAAACACCUCUCCAUCCUGAUCUCAGAGUGCAUCCAGGUUUGCAUCCACCUCGUCCAAACAGACCCACACCCUCUUCUAAUCACUGGGGAACCAACGGAUUUGGAGCCUCUAGGGAAAGCUUAUCUGUCUGUACCACCCCAGAGUCCAGCUCCAAAAGCAAGGGAAUGAUUCCAUCACAAAGCCAACCUAAAAAAGCGCCUACAAAACCCAUGUGGGUAGAUGUGUCAGAACUUCCUAGAAUACCAAAAAUAAAAAGGGAAAGUAGUGGUGUGACAAAUGAUGCCACUAGUCAUGGUGGUAGUCAUAAAGGUAGCAGCAGCAGGGGUCAUAGUAGUAGUUAUACACCUAAUAGCAAUGGUUAUGGCACGCUUGAAACGGGCAUGAAUAACCUUUCUGGGGACAAAGGAAGGCAGCAAAGUGUAGACCAACAAAAGGGCCAGGCUGAUGGGCAAGCCCAGAGGCACAGGCCUGAUGGAGGUAGCUCUUCAUCAACUUUCUCCAAUUCAUUUUCUUCAUCUUCUUCCACUGGGUGUCCUGCCAGCCAGCCACGAUAUGCCUCAUCAUCAUCCUCAUCAUCAUCAUCAUCAUCAUCAGUUAGCUUCCGCAUUAACUCUAGUGGGAACCCCUGGCAAUCAAGGCGGCUAGGCAUUGCAUCAUCCUCUUCUAGUGGAAGCACCGUGCAGGAACACUGGAGGAAAAAGGAUGAUGAAGCUAAAAAGAGACAAUUGAACAGGGAUAAACAAAUGCUUUUGGCAUCACGUAGUGUGAGUAGUAAGGAACAAGACAAUAUAUACGAUCCCUUUAAUCCUACUCUGUCAGAUUCUAGCAGCUCAGGUGAUGAAGCUGAGGGCACAAGCCUAGAAAGCAGUUCUCAGCAUGUCACACUUGAAAGGAAGUCUCCUAAUUUAAGUAACGAAACCACAACACAAAACAAGCAGGACCUGGUACAGGUGAAAACUGAAACACCAGAGAUUGAGAUCUCACAGGAAGAACCAGGGAGAGCUCAGAAAACCACAUCUGAGGUCAGACUCUCAGAGGACAGUGUCAGAGUCGAAAACGAAUCAAGAUUAACAGACAUAAAGACUGAGAAUCAAACUGUAUUACUUGACAUUAAAGUUAAGAAAGAACCUUGUGAUGAAGCAGGUGAAUCUGAAAUCUGUGGUGACAAAUUAAAAAGUUCUUUGAAUUCAGAGACCCUAGGCACCACACCACCUGUUCAUCAAACCCUGGAUCGUUUUAAGACUGAGAGAGAGACUCAAGAAGAAAAGACUGGACAGUGUGCUGGAACUCCCAAUAGAUCUCUCCCGAAAGAUAAGGAAGAUUCAUCAGCAAUCAACUCUGCUACUGUCAAAAGAAAACAAAAGGAAGAAACUAAAUCACAUGUGAAAUCCUUUUCCAAGUCCCCAUCAAGAGAUCUAGACCAUAAGAAGAAAAGCUCCAAAGCUUUGAAGGAUCAGCCCUCUAGUGGAUCAGAGACAGACAGAAGCAGAAGAGGAGAUCAUCAUACUUCAGGCCAGGGAGGAAAGCAGAAAGAAAGAGACUGGGAGGAGAAAGAAAGGAGUUCCAGACGAUCACGGUCUCGAGAGAGGAGGAGGGCACGCUCAAGCUCAGGCAGUUCUCAACCCAAGUCCCCUGAUAGGACUCAUAGUAAGAGACAGCGGUCCCAGUCACGAUCAAAAGAUGAAACGAGGAGGAGGCGAUCCAGGUCUGCUUCGAGCUCCAGCAGCAGAGAGCAUUCACGGAGGAAGAAGCAUAAACAAAGGAGCAAGGAGAGAAAUGAUGAAAGAGAGAGAGACCAUGAUAGAAAACGUGUUUCGAAAGACAAUAGGCGUGGCCGGUCUCACUCAAAAUCCCAGUCCAAGUCACGUUCUAGGACCAGAUCUAGAUCUAGAUCAAGGGACCGUAAGCAUGGUCAGUCAGAAUCCCGGUCUAGAUCCAGGGAAAGGAAGAGAGAGCACAACAAACAUUCAUCCCUCUCUUCUAGAGACAAAGUGGACUCACGAUCUAAAGAAAAGAGGAGACCCAGGUCUAGAUCCAGCUCAAGAGAGAGAAGGAAAGAAGAAAGAACAUCCAAAAGUUCACACCAAACGUUGGCGCCCUCUCUUUCAUCCUCCAGAGGCACAAAGCAGUUGCAAGACAAGAAAAAAGCGAAAGAUGUCACUCAAAGCUACACUGAAGAUUCAAAAAUGGAAGCUAAAGUGAAGGAGGGGGCUUCUUGUUCCUUCACCUCGAAAGUCAAAAAGGAGGACAAAGUCCUUGGUGCAGGAAGUCAGUCCACAAUUACAGAAGUGACAAAAGAAACAAAGGCUAGAAAAGACAUUAAGAAAGAAAAACGGGCAUCUCUUGAUAUGUUUCAAGAUGUUCCUGUUAGUACAUCAAUUAAGAAAGAAGAAACAGACACUUCUUCUUUGUCAGUAAGCGAAAACCUUGAUUUCGAAGACCCCAUUAAGACAGAGACUUGCGAAAUUCCCAUUGUUAAAUCUGAGCCGGGCUCUCUAUGCAGCUCACCUCCUGAUACCUCAUUUUCUACACUGACCACACCUGUUGCAGCAGACAGCCACCAGAUCGCAGUCUCUCAGUCUCAGCCAGUGUUAGUGGCUAAACAUCAAAAUACUGAGUUGGCUGUCCCUGUAAAACUAGAAGUUCAGCAGCCAUCAGACUCUGACGAUGACUUUAAUAUUGACGUGAUGCUAGACAGCUUGGACUACAUGAAAUCUGAGCACACAGAGAGUAGUGGUGCUGCUGUCAAACAGGAGAAGGAAGUGGUGGAAGGGAAGAUUGAGGCAGAGCAGGCAUCAACGAUAGCAGGAGCAAAGUCCAAAACACAAGUGAAACGGGUUACCUGGAACAUACAGGAGCCUGAGGGGCGUCAACCAGAGAAAUCUGCAAGCAAGCUUGCACUGUAUAAACUGAAGCUGAAGCAGGAAGGGGCUCGCAGGCCAUCUUUGACAGUCCAGGCAUUCAGUCAGGAUAUCACUGCAGAUGAUAGUGACCCCUCCAAGAAGGGUGCUGAUGGUCUACUCAGCACCUCUAAAUCUGAUGGCCUUCAUCCUGGGGAGUUAUCAGCUGCUGGACAAGGAGAGGCAGAAGAAGGAGAUUUGUCAAGGAAAGACAAGUAUUUGAAAAAGCUGCACAUGCAGGAGAGAGCUAUAGAGGAAGUUAAGCUAGCUAUCAAACCUUUCUACCAAAGGAGAGAUAUCAACAAGGACGAAUACAAGGAGAUUCUUCGCAAAGCCGUCCAGAAGGUGUGCCACAGUAAGAGCGGAGAAAUCAACCCAGUGAAAGUGGGAAAUCUGGUCAAGGCAUAUGUGGACAAAUAUAAACAUGCUAGGAAACAUAAAAAAGGAGAGGAUUUAGGAAAAGCCCCAGACGUACAGACUGAAGCAGUGAAAACCUCCGACAGUCCGCAAUGAGGCAGGAGAUACAGGCAGGGACAACCAUACCCAGAAUAAACACUGAUCCAUAUGUUAUGCUGUUAUUUUUUGUGUCCUUGAACUGGGUCUUAUCAAACUCUAAACAUACAAACUGUAAAUGGUAAACUGACCUUUGCUCUCAGUUUCAAGAUGGAACAUUUUCUAUAAUGUUGAGGUUUCUAUCUUAAUAGUAUUUUGAAGACAAACUUUAUUCAUUGAUGACUUUAACAGUACCUAUUGGUGUCUCUUGCUUGGACUGUCACUGCCAAGAACUAUUCUGUGUGUGCGAUACAGCUCAGAAACCUAAUGGGAGACUUUGAGACUAUGCCUUAAAGAGGCAAAGCUCAGAGACCCUCCCAUGGAGAUACAAAUCGGGUAGCUUUCUCCACGGGCGUAUCACUAGGAGGAUGCAAUGUGUUUUGAGUUUUCUAUGGAUUUUUUUUGUUGUUGUUUUUUGUUUUUUGGUGGGAGGGAAGGGGUAUUUAUCAUUGGCAAAACUCAAUUUCUUAGAUGAGAAGUGGUAAAAAUAUGCAGAAUAUGCAUAUUUAAGAAAUUUGUCAUGUUAAGAGCACAUUGUUAUGCAAUUUUUGUAGAAAAUUUGUCAGUAGACUUCUAAAUAAUUUUAGAUUUGGUUGUAAAUAAUAUAUAGAUUUGAUACAUCCACCUGUAUGUUCCUUUCAUCCAUGUUGCCUGCUGAAUGACUGACAUAAAUUGCUCUUGUUCAUUGAGUUGAAUUACGUUUAAUAUUUUAAAUUCUGCUUCCUUUCUGUCACAUUUCUAAUAUCCAUGUCCAAUGAACUCAGAUCAGUCCAGUGUAGUGCAGAUGAAUUCUGGCUCAAUAGUUUGGAACGAAUAGUUCCCUUUUUUUUCUGCUUUAUUCCUUUUCAACCCAUGACAGAAAUGUGGAAAAAAAACCAGAGAACAUAAGGUUUUUGUGCCAAAGGAGUAAAAGUAAUAUAAAAUACAUUAUUUCCUUUAAUAGGUGAGAUUUCAUUUGUUAUAGCAUGAUGUUUUUUUUUUUGUUUUGUUUUUUUAAACAAAGGAUAUAAUUCCAUAGUGAGUAAUAAUAGCUUUUACUCAGGAGUGAGGACUACAAAUUUCUCAGUGGCAAAGGUGGAAACCUCUACUGUCUUUCAAAAAUGUGGUGCAACAUGUCCAACCUUUGAAUUAGAAAGCAUUUUUGUUUGCUUUGUUAACUAAAAAGAGUAUUAAACUAACUUCAUGGGUAUUAUUUUUAUGGUUUAGUAAGAACAGUGUAAAUGUCACAAGUCAAAACAUUUUCCAGUAUAUAGACAUAUAUUAGAGUUAAAUGCAUACCUUUUAAUUUUGAGCAGUGCUGCCUAAAGCUUAGUCUGUAUACUUUUAUAUAUACUGCUUUCUCUAACAAAGGCAUUCAUAAAAAAUUAAUUAUUGGUUGUUCCCUGUUUUGUUGUCUGUACUAGUUUGUCAGCUGUUAAACAUUGAUGAAUUGGGUUGUUGGACCUGCCUUGUACUCUUGUCAUCAUCUUCAAUUGUGCUAUAUAAAGCCAGGGACUUGGAAUGGAAGAAUUUAACAAAUAGGUGCUCAUGUUAUCUGAAUGUAUGUUUUUUUUUUUCCCUCUGUAUUUACUUGAUCAAAACAGUCCAGGUGUUUCUGAGGAAAUGCCAAAAAUAAA